AUGGCAAGUCAUCCAGUGACUCCUGGAAAAAAAAACCCUAGAAGAAGGUGGAAGGGAUUGAGAGAUCUGUAUCAAGUCCCAGAGAUGGACUACCAGCUGAACAGACCGGUAAGAGUUACAUUCACAAAAUACACUUCUAUUGUUUUAUCCUAUCUUCCUGUCUUUGUGAUGGGGAAGUAUAACUCGAGGAUAUGGUAGAGGGAGAGAAAGAAAAUUAAUAUCUUUAUACGAUGGGGCACAAUUUAGUUUUUUGGGAUAAACAUUUCAAAUGAUCUCAAUCUGUUAGAAAAUCUUUUCUGAUUAUUUAUCUACAGAAUCCACCAUUGAAGUCUAUCGUAAUUUUCCUUUCAAAAGAUUACUGAAACAAUUAAAGGCUAUAAUUUGUAGUAGUUAUAGUUAAUGUCUGGCCAAUUAAUCCUGUUGUAGAUUGAUGAUCUGUAACAAUGACAUUUCUCAUUUAGGAUCCGUGUGAGUUUGAGGAAGUGGCCGUUUACUUCUCCGAGGAGGAGUGGGACUAUUUAAAUGAAGAUGAGAAGGAGCUUUACCAGGAUGUGAUCAUGGAGAAUUACCAGACCCUCAGCUCUCUGGGUAAGAAAACUUCACCCUAUUUAGAGGAAAUCUUUCUCAUAAGAACACAUUCAUAAUUUCACAUGUAUUCCUAAAGUCAUAGAAUUCAUAAUAACAAAAUGUGUAAAGUUUGAAAGAUCUUAAUAAUGUGUCCCAUUAAAUACAGGAAGGAUUCACAUGACGCCUUUGAUUAUAUCAGCGAUUGAGCGAGGGGAAGAGCCGUAUGUCAGGAGCCACCUGCAGGAUAGUCUUUUGAAUACUGGCCCAGGUUAGUAAUAAACAUGUAGAUGGUAUUAGGCUCCUUUAUGGGUCAGAGAUCUUGGCGUUUCUUUUUUCCAGGCUUCUCUACCUUCCUGAUCUCUGCAGGGGAGCUGAAUUAUUGUGAAGCUCUCCAUACAGCUCAGUGUGGUGAGAGUUUGCAGUGUUUAGUUACUCAUUAUGCCUUAGACAGUACUUUGUUGUACUUUAGGUAAAAGGAAGAAACUGUUUGUCACGGAAGCAUAUGUGCCAUAGCCUCCUGGAGAGGCUUGAAGGCAAGUCUCCUGCCGAUAGACUAUGGGCACCUUCACCAGCUUUAAAAUGAAGUAUUGAAUGUGGGGGUACAUUGCGCUAUUGUCAAGUUAUUCUGUAAAAUGUUAACAUGGAUGAAAGACAUUGUGUUAAUUAUUACUUUUUGGGGGGGCGGAGCGAGAUGACGUAGCGUGCGUUGCUGCGUCCUCAUGGAUCGCGUCUGAGGGAGCGAUCCAGGGAGCCGACUAAAGCUGAGGAGGGACUCGACUUACCUGGAGUGUCACUCGAGGUGCCACACAAAAACAAAGAAGUGGGGAGAUGUAGGGAACUGCCUUUUCGACGGAUAUAUCUACAGCCAGCCAGAUACCCCAACGGAUAAACACAGGGGACGAGAAAACAGCAACAGAAAACACAAGUUAAGUGCCAGUUGCUACUAAACUGUCUGUUUAUUUACACUAUAUGUUUACUAUGGAGGGGUUUGCAUAAACAUUAGGUCUCCUUAAAAUUAGUUGUGACGAAAGUAACUUUGCCACUGGUUUUUGGAGGGGCCUGUUUGCCUGCCUCCUAAUCUGUGACUAUGGCCCAUGCAAUUGGGACUAUAUGGUUCGUUUGCCGGACAGCCGCAUGACCUGGAGACCAUCCUAGAGCUUGUUAAGCUUAAUUGAUGCAUUGUUGCAAUUUCCACCACAGUGGUCUACAUGUUCGUCUAGGUGGCCGCAAUUCCUAUGGACGACCACGAGGUGGUGGCCAUCUUGUUCGCAUGGACCAAAACUGCGAAUAGACUUCAGGGGGAUUUAGCCUCGAAUGCCCUGGAACUUUUUUCGGCAUGAAAACUUUGCGGUUCCCGGUCGGCCCUACAGCGGCACUUAGCCGCAAUUCUAUGGAACUAUUUUCGGCUAUGGGACCAUGGCUGCGGUCGGUCAAAUAAAUGACUUCCAGGAAAUUCCUGAAUCCCUGAACUGACCCAGGUGAUUUUUGGAUAUGUUGGUCACCCAGAUCAGGGCUAUCAGGGGAUGUAACGUGUGGGGUUUUUAUGUAUUUUAACUUUUGGGGUGUUAUUAAAAAGUAUGUUUUGUCUGUGCCUUGAGAUAAUUGGAUUAGAAUUAGUACAGUUACUGAUUCAAUUAUCUCCCAAGCAGAGGGGAGGGAUUGUGUGCUGUGUGUGGGAGUGUCGUGCCUUGUAACCUUAUUGUUAUUGGUCUGUGAAGUUGGAAAUCAGUCCCCCACAAGGUCCCUGUGGGCUUACCCCUUGCAUGGGGAUUGUCAUAUAAGGCCAAGUGUGGCUCCCAUUAAAGAGAGAUUCGUUUACUCCUUCAUGAAGUCUUGGCUCAUGUUUGGGGGAUUGGAGAACUACAUUCACUCUGGGGAUUGCUAUAUCACAAUACUCUCCUGAGUAUAAUCACUAGCUCUUAUAAGAGCUAUUCCUGCUACGCUCUCUGGACUAGAAGAGGUCUACCUACUGGAAGCUGGGUCCUGGUCUUGUGUCAAGGGUGGGUGGAGGGCAGCGAGACCCCAACCAAGCUUUGGCGGUUCGUGGGGUUGUGACAGAUCCCUCUGUCCUGAACUUAAAUAACCGUAUUCUUCAUUCGUUUGCUUGAUUCGUGUUUCCCCGUUCCUGUGGACUCUAUGCCAUUCCCUUUCUAUAUACCGAAUAAAACUACCGAACGGCCGGCCACCUAGUAGAGAAGUGUGCUGGUGGUUAACCUCCUUGCCCCAUCAGAACGUUGAGGUUAACCGCAGACACCUCUUAAUUGAUACGGUAGUUGGGUGGUUGCCAUUCGUAUACCGAACACAAGGUCGCGGCCAUUUUAAACACGUGAACGCACAGCGGUGUUCGACGCCCAACUCAUGGAACUCAAAUUGGAUACAUUUUGGCACGAACACAGCUGAAGCCGCCGACCUCCCUUCUUCGGUAGAAAGUUCACGAACGGCCCUAUAUUCGGUAGUUUGUACACGAAUACACCAUACCCCAGAUAGGCAUCCCGUGGAGCCCAUUCGUAUGAGAACUGACUUUGUGAACACUUUGGUUCCACGGCGAUUGGACUGUGUGCAUAGGAUCUGAGCAUUAUUUGGUACUUUGGUGCGCUCAGAUCCUAGCUAUCUGGGGACCUGUUGAAUGCCUGUAAUAUGUUGUAAUAUGUAACACUUGUGUACUUUUAUGUUUUUUUGUUAUUGUCACCUAAAAUGGCGUUUAGGCUCUGUCCUGGGAGAUAAUUGAAUUACUUCACAAUUAUCUCCCCGGGCAGAGCAGAGGGUUCUGGGUAAUGAAAGGGGAAUGGCUAAGUGUGUACCCUGUGAUUGGCUGCUACAAUGUCCUUGUCACAGUCUCCCAUUUGGUCCCCUAAAGGAGUGUCCAUCAGAUGGGAGACCUGCAUAAAAGCCGGGCAGGUAGCACUCAUUAAACCUGAUUCCUGCUGACCCUCAAUACGGAGCUUUGUCUCGUCAUUGGGGGGAUUAUUCGUAUGGAGUACACUUGUUCGGCUGUUUAGGAAAAUACUUGAUCCGUAUGAUUGCUGUUCGGCAGUUUGGAGCGCUCAGUGGCUACCUCUGCAUUCGGGAAGGGAACGUCUCCUACGGCAGUAAACCCUCCUACCGGGGGAGCCGUAACAGGGAUCUAAGAUGGUUAUGGUGUACCACAACAGUGCUUAUGGUGCUCACAAGUACUAGGAUUACUAGCGAUUGACAGAGGUACCGGGUUCGGGUGCUAGGCGGUCCGUCACAUUUGGUGCCAGCGGUGGGAUGGCUUCCUAGUGAAUAUAGAAGCAUAUUGGAGACACCGGUAUCGUUGGAUUUACAAUUGAGGGCAACGUUAGCAUUCGUACAGCACCACUGGUUGCGGAGGAACUCAGGAGAUGGAGCGAGCUAGCCCCCGGGCAGCAUCCCCAUAUAUUCUUUUAGUUAUGGUCUGGAUUUUUUUUCUUUGCUGUCACACGACUUGCGCUUCUCCCCUACUCCUGUUACUUAGCUCAAUUUUCUACGCAACAGAAUAGGAACCAGAAUAGGGAGGAAAGGGAGGAAGUAAUAAAAUAAAAAUAAUAAAAUAUAAUUGUUUACCAGGAUAGAAUGGUGAAGGUGAGGAGGAGAAGAAGUUGGGGAGCAAGAAACGCAAAAAGACAAAAAGGAUACUAUUUUAAAAGCAAAGAUAGUUCUAACCUAAAGAGCAUAUAACCUCCAGGAAAAAAAGAGUAAAACUAAAAUACAAAUUAAAAUUAAAAUGGCUACAAAAAAGACGCAAAAUGGCAAGCACCUAAAAAAAGUCUGAAAAUAAAACAGAAAAAACGCCUUUCCUUCUUUUCACCAAACCUAUCAACUAAUAAAACAAACAUGGAAGAAUCUCUUCUCUCUAAUACCCCAUCAUAGAAAGGCAUCAAUGAAGGAAAAGGCGGAAGAAACUCAAGAGUCAAGAGAAGGAAGAAAUGAAUAUGACAACUUACUCAGACACCUAGAUACACAAUUUGUAAAUUUGAGAAGAAAUCCAAGCUAAUACUCUAGACAUAAAUAAAGAUCUGUUGACUCUCAACCAACGAUUUCAAGGAAUAGAAGAAACACUAAACAGGUGGGAACAAAAGGAAAAGGUCCACAUAGAAGAACAUCUAGCACUGGGAAAAAAAGAUGGCUAACAUAGAGAAAAAAAUUGAUAGACCUAGAGGACCGGCCAAGACGGAACAACUUAAGAAUUAGAGGAGUAUCAGAACAAAUAAAUCUAAAAAAUCUGGAACCCUAUAUAGAGGAAUUCUUUAAGCAACUGAAGGUGGAAUGGGACCCCAGAAUUCCCGUAAGGGAAAGAUGUCACAGAGUGAACAAACUUAAGGGCAUCCCAGAACAUCUGCCAAGAGAUUAAUUCAUAUGCUGCGCCUCCUCCAAAAUUAAGUUGCAAAUUCUCAGAGCUAUAAGAAGCAAUAAAUGCGCAGACGAAUACGAAACAUUGAAAAUAUUCCAGGACCUGUCAUGGCCAACCAGACAAAAAAGGAAGACCUUCUCUGACGGCACACUAAUUCUAAAACAGAACAAUAUUAAUUAUUCGUGGGGAUUCCCAACGAGAAUUAUCAUAGCUCACGAAGGGAAGACCACCACCAUUAAUUAUGCAAAAGACCUAAAAAGUUGGUUAAGCAAAAAUAAAAUCAGAAACCGCUCCAACCACUAGUCAACAAAUGGGGAGGCCCCAAAUAUUAGAGUGGAGAGAAAGGAAAAAAGAAAGGAGAAAAAUGGCACUAGUGGCACUCAACCUUCUAACAAGGGAAGACAAAAAAUAAUUUAUAAGAAACGAGAAAUUACAGACUUUUUUUUUUUUCUCUUUUCGCUUUCUUGCAGUUAAUAGCACAAGGGGAUAAGGGGGAUAUUAGGGAGAUAUAAAAAGUAUAACCAACCUAGAAAAAAGAAAUGAAAAUCGAGAAAUUUAGAAUAUUUUAGAAAAUUGAUUAAACAGGCACUUAACAAGAAAAGUAAUGCACAAAAUGAAGAAAAUUAUCUUCCUUUUAAGUUUACACUAAUUAGAAUGAAACGAUUUAAUGUACACUAAAAAAUUAUAUUACACAAAAGGAACUUAAAAAUACACAGAAGGGCACACAUCUACACAAGGAAGAAAAGAAAGAAAUGGGAAAGAGUGAUUUAAGAAUAACACAAGUUUUGUAAAAUUAAAAUGUAAAAUAGUAAUCAGUUAAAACACUUUAGAAAAAUAGACUCAACAAUAAGCUGAAAGUCUGUGGGGUGUAGAUUUACAAGGUCCCCCCUAUCCCUAUUUCUACACAAAUUAGGAACAUUAAUGUGUACGUGGGUGGUUUUCUUCUUUCAUAUUAUUAUUAUUAUUAUUAUUAUUAUUAUUAUUAUUAUUAUUAUUAUUAUUAUUUUUAUUUUAUUUAUAUAUAUUUUUUCCUAUACUAGUAGCACCUUUAGGUUGGCUCCCCCUAGAUCAUCUACCCUCAGUACACUUUUCCCACAGGACAUGUGGGACCUAUAUCUCAGUGAUGUUUUGUAUUACUCGAGAUAAUGUAUGGCGAGGGCUUUUUGUCAUACAUCACGUUUGUCUUAGGUUGGCACCAUUGCUUUGGAUCAACCCGUCUUAUUGAUCCCAAGUAACAGUCAUGUCCCUCGUUUCAAUUUUUGAGGUUCCCGCUGGAACUUUAGGCACGCCCCCUUAUGGGAAUUGUCCAAUCACCGCAAGCGGGGGUGUUUAAGGCGAUUAACUCAUUCGACCACAUUUUGCUGUUCUAUUAUGCAUUUCAGGAUGAGAUUUAAAGGACCACUAUAGUGCCAGGAAAACAUACUCAGGGUCCCCCUCCCGCCGGGCUGGAUGGCGAGGAAAGGGGUUAAACUUACAUUUAUUCCAGCGCCGGGCGGGGAGCUCCUCUCCGCCUCCAAUCCUCCUCUUCGGCUGAAUGCGCAUGCGCGUCAAGAGCUGCGCGCGCAUUCAUCCUGUCUCAUAGGACAUCCUAGAGGGACCUGGCACCCAGACCACUUCAUUAAGCUGAAGUGGUCUGGGUGCCUAGAGUGGUCCUUUAAUCAUUGUAAUGCUGGAAAUAAAAAUAAUAACAAAAAUAGCAAUAAAAACGUCCUAAAGGGUCUUGCACACUAGAAUUCCUAUAACAUAGGUAAAUGAGGAUAUAGGUUAUGCAGUGUGUUACUAUAAAGCCUUAGACCCAGCAUAAAACAUUAUUGCCAGGACAAACCAUUAUUGCCAAUAUCACAAUAGCAUGAUACAAUAUACCCUCAUGAAUAUCUUGUACUAGAGAAUGUUUAUUAAUCUAUUAUAAAGUUAAUAGGUUACUUAAUUUUGAACAGCGCUGCUAAUGUGAAUCUAAAUCUGAAACUUAGAGGACCUCUCCCAAGGAGGGGUUAAAGGGAGGAUGACUUCAUUAAUAAGAAUAGGAGAAAAAAAAGUGGAACUUCACUAAAGUGUAGAAUCAUUGCUCUAUGCAUAUGAUAGUUUAAAUGAUGGUAUAAUAGACUAAUUGGAUAGGAAUUAUAUUCCUGUUAUGCUAGAAAAUUAACAAGUUAUCGGUAGUGAUUACUAUAAAAAUGGGGUAUAUGUGAACCUCUCAUUAAGGCCCAACGAUGCCAAUGUCUUGAGUUUGUAGAUCCAAAAGGACUCUCUUUGUUUAAGGACUCAUUCCAGAUUGCCCCUUCUUUGGUCCAGUUUUACGUGUUCAAUCCCUGAAAAACAUAGAUCAUGUGAGCGACCUGCAUGGUGUUCCCAAAGAUGUCUUGAGAUUGGUGUAUCACUUCUAUAUCUCACUGCACGAAUGUGUUCAAGAAUAUGUAGUUUUGUCUAAAGGUUUUACCCACGUAUUUCUUGCCACACGAGCAGGUAAGAAGGUACACCACCCCUGUGGUUUUACAGUUAAAAAAAAAUCCUUUAUAGGCAUUUUAACACUCUUUGCAGUAUCCUCAAUUUAAUUCCCAGAGAAAGGGUUUGUACUUAUAAACUUGCACUUCGGAUGCAGUCGAAGUGGCCGCCAUUCGAAAACUGAAUACGUGGCGGCGGCCAUUUUAACUCAUUCGAACGCGGUCAGCGGUGUGUGCAGCCAAAUCUAUGGAACUGUUUUCGGCUACCUAAUUGCAGAACACCGCUGACCCGUACCUUCUACUCCACUUCGACACUGCGGCUGGAGACCUGUUCGAAGAUUCGAACGCUCGUUCGAAUGGGACUUAGUAAUUUUCUCAGUGUAAAAUAGAAUGACCGCACAGCCCAAAUCCAUGGAACUGUUUUGGGCAUGAAAAUGUGCUUGCAGUCGGUCAAAAGUGUCUUAUAUGUGUCUCCCGAACGGCUGAACGAAUUCGAAUGAUUUUUGGGUAUGUUUGUAUUUUAAAUGUGCUGAUUAAUAAUAUGUGACUUUUAUUAAUAUUGGAUGUAUAGUUUUAGAGUUAUGAAAGUUGGGUAAAAAGUGUGUUUUAAACUGUACGGCUAAUUGUGUUACCUCUCAGGCUAAGGGGAGGAGAUGUGUUGGUUGUAACCAUUAUUUGAUUGGCUAAUGUAUAAUUGUCUGUGGGCGUCUCCCUUGCAUGGGAGAAUUGCAUGAAACCAGAGUUCUUCUUCACCCUCAAUCUAGAGUCCUGUCUCUUAUUGGGGGAAUUGCUAUAUCACCACAAGGGAUUGCUCUGCAUGCUCCUUUGGAUAAUCACUUCUAAGCUCUUUUAAGAGCCUGUUCCUGUCUUGCUCUCUGAAGGAGUCUAUGGUGGUUUUGGUGUCGGCUGGAGUGUUUGGAGCCCCCAGGAAGCGCUAGGAGCAUCCUUCAACGGAGGUACCCAGUCGGGGUGCCAGGUGAUCUGUUACACAAUCAACCUCCCAAUUAGUUUUAUUACCUCGUAAGUGUAAAAAGCACGAACGCAUUACUGUAUCCAUGGGUGGCCACCAUUUCGGCAUGCGAACACGUGGCGGCAGCUAUCUUAACGCACGAACACUAGCCGUUGUUUGUUCGUUGAGUGUCUGGAACUCAAAUCGGACACUCGACUACGCGAACACCGCUAAGACCUCCAGGGCUCCAUAACUCACAAACGGAACAUCCUAAAAGCCCGCCGUUUGGCUAAUUCAAUCUACCGAACGAGGGGAUGCAUGUGAACCCCAGCUCAGCUAUGGAUGGCAAGGACUUUCGGGACUUUUUACUCACGAACGGAGACCUACCAAAUUUACACUUCCAUCUAACUCCCGAACCCCUGGUCCGAUCUGGGUGAUUUUUGAAUAUGUUGCUCACCCAGAUCAGGGCUAUCAGGGGAUGCCACAUUUAGGGGUACCUGGUAUAUUUGGGGUACAUCCAGAAACUUGGUACAAUAUAAGUUAAGCUGAGGGAAGGAGAUGUGUGGGAGGUAACGUCUAUUUGAUUGGCUACAGUAUUAAUUAUUGUGGGUGUCUCCCUUGCAUGGGAGAACCGCAUAAAAGCAGGGUUUGUGGAAUAAAACAUCAGUUCUGCUCCUGAUACUGUGUGUCGUCCAGUUAUUGGGAAAAGUGAUGGGAUAUAAUUGUAUUCUCUUACUGAUUGUGCUUGCUACUCUAUUGGAUUUACUACUUGUUCCUGAGCCAUUCUAGGAUUACCAGCGGAAAUAGGCUGUGGGAGAUCAGCUCUCCGCUACAUGGUUAAACAAUAGCAAGGGCUGAUGAGAGAUUGAGGAGGAACAAAGCAGCCAGUUUCAACUGCUCUGGCAGUGCCGUAGGACAACACCCUGCUGGAGAACAAUAGGACUGGAAAAAGGGGGAGGGGAAGAGCACAUUUUCCCAUCGAUUAAAGGGGCAGAAAAUGAGUUUUAAAAUCCAAUAUGCCCAAAUAACGUUUUUAACUGGCAAUAUCUCCCAGGGGCCAUAGUCACAAUUCAAGAGGCUGGCAAGCAGGCCUCUCCAAGCACAAGUGGUGAAGGGCACUUCAUCACAAAAGGAUUUACGAACUCCUUAGGACAAAGUAAAUUAAAUAUUUACACAGAUGACAUCUUACUAACUUUAGAAGAACCAAAAACCUCAGUAUGAGCACUUCUGAAUGAGAUAAAUAAUUAUUCCAAUGUGUCAGGAUAUAAAAUGAAUAUAGAGAAAUCAAUAUUUAUAGCUAAAAAAUUGAACAAAAGGUUAAUUUCUUGUACAAAAUCUUGGGCUCUCAGAAAACAAGGACAGACUAAAAUAUUUAGGUAUAACAUUACCUCGGAUUUAAAAGACCUAGUAGAAGCCAACUUUUUACCUUUUACCAAAAUGGCUGUACCUGUGGAGAAUGAUCCCGCUUAAUUUCCCAGAAAACUGGCUAUCUUUACUACACUUAUCCUUUUUUAAAUUUGUAUGGGGCAGCAAGAAAGCAAGAGUUAAAAUGAAAGUUUUGGCUAGAUCAAGGUAGGAUGGAGGUUUGGGGUGCCUGGAAAUUUUAUAAUGCUAUCAAGCUAGUAGACUUUUCCACAUAAUGCUUUCACAAAAUAUUGCUACAAUCCAAGAAACGUGAUAUAAAAUGGAAAAAGCUAAAACCAGGGUAGGAAAUUUAACGUCACUGUUUUGGGUCCUAGACGUGAACCAAAAAAAUCAAUCAAAGAGGCACGAAUUGGAUCUCAGAUACUCAGAGUAAACGAGUUGGUGGGACAAAUUCUCAAACAACAUAUGUCUCAGAAAUAGAAUAGAUGUGCUCCCUUUUUCUAGUAUUUAUGAAUUGCUAGACAACAUAAAAAUAGACACUUGGAAGACUAGAGGGAUAAGGAAAAGUAAAAAUAUACUGGUGGAACAUAAAAUGAAAACCUUCAAUCAAAUUAUGGAGGAAUUCAACAUUCCCCCAAAGACACUUUUGCCUUUCUGUGAAUUAAGGGAUUUUUAGCAGACUAUCUCCUUCAAAAUGAGGGGGAGAAAAUUACAAUCCUCAAACGUCUACUCGAAUUAUAGAACUAUAAAAACCUAAUGGAAAAAUGUGCUAAAGUUGUAUAUGGAUGGAGACACAAUAAACCGAUGGAACUUAUUAAUAAAUGGGGAAAAGAACUACAAGUACAUAUAGAAGAGGAAAAGUGGAUAAGCUGUCUAAAUAAACUAAAUACAUAUGUACAAUGCUUAAAUGUUAUGGAAACUUAAUUUAAACUCUCAAACAGAUGGUACCUAACACCGAAACGUUUAAAGAAAAUUUUCCAAGAGUCAUCAGGCAGAUGUUGGAAAUGUAAUAUGAAUGAAGGCAAUUUACUCCACAGUUGGUGGCAGUGCAUACCCAUAAAUAAAUUCUGGAAAGCUGUAAUCAAGGUAAUAUAUCAAAUAACAGAAAUACAAUCUGUUUUUAAAGGGACACUCCAGUCCCAGGAAAACAUCCCAGGUUGCUGAAGGGGUUAAAACCCCUUCAGUGACAUACCUGCAUAAAGGCCAUACAUAGUGAAGUAUGAUUAAAACCAGAAUACAAUUUAUUUGAUUGCACUUACAAACAAGUAGAAGGUAUGGGCAUAUCUCCACACACAGUGGAACUUUAUUGCAGCGUGGUCAGUCUGGAAAUUGCCAACUUCAGCCUCAAAGAAUAAAACAAAGUACAUUUAAAACAAAAAGUCCACAUAAAUGAUGAUCCAACGCGUUUCAUCCAGAUAGGGAACUUCUUCAGGGAUCUAUGGUGGUUGAAGUUGGCAAUUUCCAGACUGACCACGCUGCAAAAGAGUCUCACAUUGCUAUUGCUAUCGCCUUUGCAUUGUUUUGCUAAAGGCCCCCUGAUGUAUGUAGGGGUAUAAAUAUGUGUUUUACCCAAUACGACUGGUCUAUUUUGGGGAAUUUCACAAUGUUCCAGAGGGCUAUAAUCCCAAUUCCUGUAGCUAUAAUCACUGUAUACUGAAGCAGAAAUCCAGGACCAUAGGAGGAUUGAAGAAGCGGUGACUGUAGCGGAUGGCACUGGGCUGUCCUGAGAAUUGCAUAGGUUUUAACUGCAUUUGUCUAAAUGGCAGGUUAUGUGUGUGUAUAAAUGUAUUGUAUUCGUCUGAUUGUUCGGGAAUGAAACUACCGAACAGUCAGACCUCCCCGGUGUGAAGUGUGCCUUCAAUUACCCAUUGCAACAUUGUUGCGAACGGGUAAUUGACAAGCUGGGCAGUAGUCCUUUGUUCUCGGGGGUGGCCGAACACGUGGCGGCGGCCAUUUUAAAACUCCCGAACAGCGGUGUUUUGUCGUCGAGUGUCUGGAACUCAAAUCGGACUAGGCGAACACCGCUGAGACCUCCACAAGCCCGGUUCGUUCGGUUCCAAACAACCGAACGAGGGUUCAGGCGAACCCUCCCUAGUCUCUGUAACUGGAGGCUUUCGUGCAAUUUGUUCCCUUGUUCCAGGACCGACCGCAGGGCCCCAUCGCAUGGAACCCAAUUCGGCUAUUCUUUCCAGUGCGGUCGGUCAUUUUAAUCCCUCCAUAAAUUUCCAGAACCCCUGGUCUGAUCUGGGUGAUUUUUGGAUAUGUUGUUCACCCAGAUCAGGGCUACCAGGGGAUGUAUCAUUUAAAGCGGUUUGGGGGUACAUCCAGAAAUAGGGGGAAUUGGUGUCCUGGAUUAUGAUGCAGGCUGAGGGGAGGAGAUGUGUGGGAGGUUACCGGAACAGGAUUGGCUACUGUACUAAUGAAUGGAAAUCCCUCCCUUGCAUGGGAGCAUGCUUUAUAAGGCCACUGUGUGAAUAAAUCUUUAGUUCUGCUCCUGAUACUGUGUGUCGUCCAGUUAUUGGGAGUGCUGUUGGGAUAUUGCUGUAUUAUUUUGCCUGCUGGAUACUUUGCCCUAUGGAUUUAUAAUUGCUUGUUCCUGAGCCUCACUGGGAUCUAAAGUGGAGAUAGGCUAGGAAAUAUUAGCUCUCCGCUACAUUGGUUGGCAGCGCUGGGAUCCAGACUCACAAGGGAACAAGGACUAAUGGAAUACGGAUUGGAGAGUGAUUAUGCGAAGCUUAAAAGCUCCACGCUAAAAGAUCUCCUAGAAGCAAAAGGUAUUGCAGCAAGCAACAAAAGGAAAGCAACCCUCAUUGCAGAGGUGAUGGCAGAAUACCAAAAUGAGGACAGGGCGAUCCCUGAGCAGCGGAGUUCAGCAGAUGGAUCUGAACAAGAAGAAUUCCAAAGACAGCUGCAGUUUAGGCUGUUUGGAGAGAAUCCAACGGCGGAUAUUAUAUCCAGGACAAUGACAGAGGUGCAGGAAUUUAUACUACGCCAAAGACCACUACAAAAUCUGGAGAGGAAUGCUACCACCGCUACCAUCACACAGGGUAAGGCAAAAAUACCUUACCAAGCAUUUAAAACAUAUGUAGAGGCAGAGGAGGACAUAGAUGCUUUUCUCCAAGAUUUUGAGAGACUGUGUGCACUGCCUAAUAUUAGUCCAGAGGAGUGGGUACCUAUUUUGGCAGGGAAGCUCACUGGAAAGGCUGCUGAGGUGUAUAGAACUGUACCAGAUGAGGAAAUUCGGGAUUACCACAGGGUAAAAGAGGUGAUCCUGGCCCGGUAUGCAAUAUGGAAGUCCGCAGGUACUGCAACACGUGUGACACGUGCCAAAGAGUAGGAAAGAGAGGGGACCGGCGGAAGGCAAAAUUGCACCCGCUACCCAUAAUCGAGGAACCGUUCAACAGAGUAGCAGUAGAUAUAAUAGGACCCCUGCAACGACCCAGCCCCUCUGGUAAACGGUAUAUUUUAACUGUAGUGGAUUAUGCCACCCGAUAUCCAGAGGUGAUUGGCCUGACUAACAUACACGCAGAAACUGUGGCUGAGGCCCUGAUGCAGAUUUUCACUCGGAUGGGGUUACCCAGAGAGAUCAUCUCGCAUCAGGGUACCCAGUUCACUGCAGAAGUCACCCAAAGCCUCUGGAAAUUUUCUGACAUCAAAUCGAUCGUUAGCGCCCCCUAUCACCCCCAGACCAAUGGGCUAUGCAAAAGGUUCAACGGGACCUUGAAGCAAAUGCUUCGCACUUUUGCAGACACCCAUAGGGACUGGGAACGGUUUUUGCCCCAUCUCCUGUUUGCCUACAGGGAGGUGCCGCAGGAAUCGACAGGAUUCUCCCCAUUUGAGUUACUGUUUGGGCGGAGAGUAAGGGGACCCCUUGAUCUGAUCAGGGAACACUGGGAGGGAGACCGGAGUACAGACGGUACCCCUGUCAUACCAUAUGUCCUGGCGUUUCGAGAGCGUUUGGAAGCGUUGACCAAGUCAGUCCGAGAGAACCUCCAGGCGGCUCAAACGCACCAGCGCAGAGAUGAUAAGGGUGCCAGGCACCGCAGCUUCCAGGUUGGGCAGAAGGUUCUAAUUUUGAAACCGGUCCGACAUGACAAGCUGCAGGCCUCCUGGCAGGGCCCAUAUAAAGUGAUGGAGCAGAGAUGCGACACCACGUAUAUAAUUGGCGCCUGCACAGGGACUGGGGGCUACGCAUGAUCCACGUGAACAUGCUGAAGCCCUACCGGGAACGUUCAGAGGAAGUAACUGCAAUUUGCACCCCCUCCAAUGAAGAGUUCGACAGCCUGCCUCUCCCAGAUCUACUGGGGGACGGCAGACUGUCCGGGAAUUUGGGGGAAGUUACUCUGGGGGAUCGGCUGAGACCACAGGAGCGUACCGAGGUACAACCGUUAUUAAGGGAGAAACAGGACACAUUCUCCAAUAUGAAAAGAGAAAAAAAUCGGCGCACUACUGCCACAAAUAAAUAAAGAAGGCAGCACCUCUCAGAGGGGAGUCCUCUAUAAUCCCCUAAAUAUAAAGGUAAGAACAGAUAAAAAAGGAUAAAAGUGCGCCUAAAAUGUAUAAUAAAACAUAGACACAGUAUAAAAUAAAAUAAUAAAAGUAAGAUGGUAAUGAUAAAUAUAAAAUAGUAAUAAACAAUAGUCCAAAAACACUUAUCAAGAGUCCGUAAUGGUGAGUUCUUUUGAGGAAACAGGAAAUCCUGAGACGUCAAAUGGAGUGGAAUCUUCACAAUGGUAUACUCGAAUCCAGUGAAAAAUAUAUGAAAGGGAAACAGAAACAGGAACUCCAGUGGUACAGUAUAUCAGCGAGAAUAAAAUUCUAAAGUAGUAAAAUUAGCCGUACUCACACUCUUCAGAGCUAGAUCCUAGCUCUGAUAUUAAGCGCGUGAAGUGGAACAAUCCCCACUCAAGGAUAUGUAAAGUAGUGUUUGAUUGGAGAGUUUCUGGCCCAAAUUCAGUGUUCGAGUAAAGAUUGUUCAACCCAAAAUGAGAGAAUAAAAAUAUAGUGCUCUCUGUAUACAGUUAAGCGAAAGGAUGUAAAGUAGAUUACUUACAUUCUAUAGAGCAGGCCUAUACUGCUCGGUGUAAACGCCUGGGUGGUAUAAUCCCCACCUAUGGAUUCUUUGGGUUCCUUAUAGGUGUAGAUCAGGUGCACAGAUAAAAAUAAAAAUAUAAUUAGAAAAUAUAAAAAGAAUAUAAAGAGAAAUGGCAAUAAAGUGUUCUAUGCCAAAUUAAAUUCUUUAUUAUAAAGUAAUUAAAAUAAUAUCUAGACGCGUUUCGCCUCAAAAGGUUCAUCAAGUAGAUAAUAGUUAAAGAAGCUCCGCAUUCUCCAAUAUACCUGGGUACACCCCUUUGGCCACUCACAGGGUAGAGACCCCAGGACAGCUUCCCAUGUGCCAAACCCCUUAUCUCAUCCCUGAAGCGGUGAAGGAAAACAUGCGCAAGGAGAUUAAGGAGAUGCUCCACCUAGGGGUGAUUGAACCGUCAGCCCCUGGGCCUCCCCUGUAGUCCUCGUACCCAAGCGAGAUGGCACAACUCGCUUCUGCGUGGACUACAGGAGGUUAAACGAAAAGACGGUAUCCGAUGCAUACCCGAUGCCCCGGAUAGAGGAAUUACUGGACCGGAUGGCCAGAGGUCACUACCUCACAACCAUUGAUCUAUGUAAGGGGUAUUGGCAGAUUCCCCUGGCGCCCGAGGCCAUUCCUAAAUCCGCUUUUGUCACCCCAUUCGGUUUAUACCAAUUUAAGGUUAUGCACCCGCUACCUUCCAGAAGAUGGUAGACCGACUCCUGGAUGGUUUUCAGGAUUACACUUGUGCUUAUUUAGACGACAUAGCUAUCUUUAGCAACACUUGGGAGGAACAUUUGGCCCACAUAGGGGCGGUGUUAGAUAGGAUCCGAGAAGCCGGAUUAACCCUGAAGCCGGCUAAAUGCAGUAUAGGUAUGGCAGAGGUACAGUACCUCGGACUCAGAGUAGGGUGUGGGAAGCAGAAACCUGAACCCGCUAAGGUAGAGGCAGUAUCCCAAUGGCCCACGCCCAGGACAAAAACCCAGGUCCUUGCUUUUCUAGGGGCCGCUGGAUACUACCGCAAGUUUGUCCCCAACUAUAGUGCCCUGGCCAAACCCCUUACUGACCUUACCCGUAACAACUUACCCCGCCAAGUAACCUGGACCCCGGAGUGUGAGAAGGCAUUCCAACUGUUGUAAGAUGCACUUGUUAAUGCCCCUGUCUUGGCACCUCCCGAUUCAACUAAACGUUUUCUUGUUCACACAGACGCUUCUAUGUUUGGAUUGGGGGCAGUAUUAAGCCAAGUCGGGGCCCGUAGCCUACAUCAGUCGGAAACUAUUACCCAGAGAAGUGAGCUACGCCGCCAUCGAAAAGGAAUCCCUGGCUGUGGUGUGGGCCCUGAAGAAAUUGCAGCCGUAUUUGUAUGGACAGCCUAUUUCAUUGCUCACAAAUCACAACCCGUUGGUCUGGCUAAACCGGGUGGCUGGGGACAAUGCCAGGCUGCUGCGCUGGAGUUUGGCGCUGCAGCCCUUUGACUUUAACAUUCAGUACCGCCCUGGCAAACAGAAUGGGAAUGCUGACGGGUUGUCAAGACAAACAGACCUGGAGAAAUGAUCCGUGAGCAUCCCCGGACAUCCCCAAGCCGAUCCGUGUUGGAUCAGACUGUGUAUGCCGGCUUGUGGGCAAGGGGGAGCAGUGUAGCGGAUGGCACUGGGCUGUCCUGAGAAUUGCAUAGGUUUUAACUGCAUUUGUCUAAAUGGCAGGUUAUGUGGGUGUGACGGACCGCUGGCACUCCGACUGGGUACCUCCGCCAAUCGAUGCUCCUAGUGCUCGCUGAGGACUCCAAGCACUCCAACCGACACCAUCAGCACUGCAGACCCCACUCCCAGCGAUGCAUCUGCGCCGGGAUCUCGCUGUCUCCACCCACCCUGGUCCCAAGGCCAGGAUCCAGCUUCCAGUGGGUUAACCUCUCUUUCCCCAGAGAGCAGGAACAAGCUCUUAGCAGAGCUUAGUGAAUAUACCCUGGGGAGUAUAGUGAAUAUAGCAAUCCCCAGAGUGUAGUUUUCCAAUCCCCCAAACAUGAGCCAAGGCUUAAUGCUGGAACAAGACUUUACUGGAAGGGGAGGGACACACAUGUUAUCUACAGCAGGGGAGGGACACACAUGUUAUCUACAGUAGCCAAUAAAACAGAGGUUACAGCCCACACAAAAUCCUCCCCUCUGCCUGUGAUUCAAUAAUCUUAUACAAUAGAAGAUUAAAUUAUCACAAGCAGGAAAAAUACAGUUUUUACAGUAUAUUCAUAACUUCUAAAAUAUACAUCACAUUCACAUAAAAAUAUAUAUUCACAAUCAAUCCAUUCAGGGAAACAACAUAUCAAAAAAUGGCAUGAAUCAGACCAGGGGUUCAGAAGUUAGUAAAGUAUCUUUUGGGGCCUGGCUGGCAGCAUGGAUAUCUGGCUCAAACUGGUUUUACAGAGCCCUCUAUCCUGGAGACAAUGGGGAACAUAAUCCAUUUAUAUCCAGGGAUAGAGGCAGACUCCAUUGAGCACAUGUUCCCAGUAAAACACAAAAGGAUACAAAAAUACAUAACUCCUAUCAUACUGAAUUAAACAGGUCAAAUCUCCCAGGGUCCAUAGUCACAGGGCAAGAGGCGGGCAAGCAGUCCUCUCCAGGCAUAAGUGGCGAAGGGCACUUCGUCACAAUAAUAAAUCCAUAGAUAAAGUAGCAGGGAGGGAAAGUACCGAAUGAAUGGAGGGGGAUUCUUCACACCCGGUAUCUCUUAGGCCUUGUGCUACCUGUCCAUUCACACGCACCUACUGGCGGUAAUGUUGGCGGUUAUCUGGGGAGGCAGCUUGUAUCGCAUCUGCCUCAUACAAGAUUCCCAGACAUUCCUCAGGGCUCACUUCGGUCUCCAGGCAGUGGGCAGCAGAGGGACGUGAUGGUGGGGCCUCUGUGUUGGGUGCUGUGCGCCUCCAAUUAUUAUUGGCAGAUCCCAAAGGGCAAUAACGAGCAAUAUGUCCGGUGUUGCUGCAGCGAUGGCACGUCACCCUAGAAGAAUCCCGGGGGUAGUUGUUAGACCACUGGGGACGUGGUGGUCCUGGGGGUACUGGAGCCCGGAACUCUGGGCGUGAGGUGUUGGUUGGGGUGCGUGGUUCUCCCUUAUGUGUCGGUCGUGUAGUACCCUGGCCACUUUUCUCGUCUCUGCGUACUCAUCCGCUAGCCACGCUGCCUCGUUUAAAUUAGCGGGGCGGCAGUCUCGUACCCAGUCUUGUAUAUCCGCGGACAGAUCUUGAAAGAAAUGUUCCAUUAGGAACAACUGCAACACUUCCUCUCUGGUGUUGGCAUUGCACCCUCGUACCCAAUGUGAUGCCACCCCUUGUAUCCGGUUUGCCCAUUCCAUGUGGGAGUCCACAACCUUCUUCUUGGACUCCCUGAAGCGGCGGCGGUACGUUUCUGGGGUUACAGCAUACCUGGUGAGCAGUGCGUCUUUCACCCGUUGAUAAUGCGAUAUAUCCUCGGCAGUAAGUGCCUGAAAAGCCUCAUUUGCUUUUCCUGAUAAUUUCCCAGCCAGGAUAGUGACCCAUUGCUCUGGUGGUACUUGGUGUAGUGAGCACUGCCUCUCAAAGUCAGCCAAAUAUCCAUCAAUUUCAUCUUCACUUUCCACAAAAGCUUUAAACGCAGUAAACAGUAUUUUCUUUCCUGUAGCAGCGGGUGGGGGAGUAUGAACUGUCUGUGUAAUGGGCUGUUUAGCUCUUACCAGCUCAAUUUCGUAUCCCCUCUUGUCUCGAAUCUCUGCUCUCGCUUCCAGGAACAGCCGUUCAAUUAGUUCCACGGAAGUUGCUGGGUACAUGGAUAACCUCCGCUAUACAAUGCUGGUAAUGUCAUCCUCCUCGCUGACAGGCGUAGGUUGGUCAGUGACCUCCAUGGAUCUAUCCAUUUCGUCCAGCUCCAGUAGGUCAGCUAUCAGCUCUCUCUGUGGUCGGUUGCUGGCACUCCUUCCACUGGUUUCCAACAGAUCUUUCAGUGUGGGUCUCUUCUAGUCUAGCAUACUGGGACUCCAUUCAGCACUUGCUUUGUGGAUGAAAAGGACCAUCCCGCCGCUGCCACCAAUGUAACGGCUACCCAAGUGCUAAGGGGGUAUCUGCCGUUGGAGACGUCCUUUUCCUGACAAGCUGCUGUGUAGUAAUGGAGUUCUUAUUCCCAUCCACGAUAUCCAAGGGUAGAGUCAGGCAUCAUUGUAAAAUGGAGCAGAGUAACAGUACAAUAAAUCCCCUUCCAAGAACGAGACGAGGCUACGUUUUGAAGAGUCAAGUAGAACUGAUGUUUAUUGACAGGGGUCUCCUUUUAUGCAAUGCUGCCCUGGACAUCCCAUGUAUAUUUUGUGCAUUUACUUUAAUAAAAAAAUAAUUUGCAAAUAAGAAAUAAAUAUUAAACAUGUUUAGUUAACAGUAGAUGUGGGAAGAAAUAUUUUUUUUUUGUUAAAUGGCAAAUGUACAUAAUAUUGUUAUUGGUACGUUAUCGGCCUGAAUGUUCACAGAUUAUCGGUAUCAACUCUAAAAAAAAAUCAAUAUCGGUCGAUCCCUAGUUUAGACUUUAAGACGCCAUGCUAGGUUAGUGUGACACCAAGUCAGGGAACUUCCCAUGUCAUAUCCAAACUUAAGUUUUACUCCAAACAUAGACAAGAUGUCUAGGUCAUGACAAUAGACUGAGUAAGAUGUUUCCAUGUAAAAUUCCAAAGUCAAGGCUAUAUCAUUUAAUGCUCGUGACCUCGUACCUUUGCCAGGUUAAGGUAGAUCCUCACAUGACCUAAUUGAUCAUCUAAGGUAUAAAUAUGUGUUCUUAUUAAUAUUAGAAGGACAGAGGAGAACAUUUUGGAUGCAGACGCUGCUCCAUUUGAUCAAGACUGUGAGGGUGACUUGUUUAACCCCUUCAGGACACAUUCCUUUUUAUUCCAUUAGUUUGGUCCUUAAGGGGUUAAGAGGGUAUAUUAUUCUAUUUUACUGAUAUUGCAAGCGUAUAUAUCUUUGAUAUUAUAAACUCGACUUUAAAUGAUUGUAAUAGAUUAUUAAGUUUUUAUAUGUGUCGGCAUCCUAUCCUGACAACCAAGAUAUUGCUUUAUUUUAUUCUGUUUUAUUAUUUCAAUACUCACCACUAGUGGCUGCCCUAGCCACUAUACAAUCCUCAGUCACUCUCACCCGCAUAGCAUAGUGAUUAUAUCUGCUAUAAAUGGCCACAGCCGACUAAACCAAACGGCCUUCACAAUGACAGAAGUUAUCGUUCUGAACCUGACAAGUCUUCUGCUCCUGGCUCAUACAGAGAAACCUGCUCAAAUCUCAUUUACUUUGAACCAUCUUGAUCUACUCAUCAAACCUGUUUGUUUCCAGUCUGCUCUUCUCAAAGAAGCUUAGUAAAACAAAACCUGAUCAUCAAUAUCCCCCUGCUUUAAUUCUUACUGGACUGUUAAUACUAAUUUACCUUAUUGCUUUUGUUCUACUGGACAAUUAACCAGGUUCAUCACUGUAACGGAUCGCCUGGCACCCCGACUGGGUACCUCCGUUGAAGGAUGCUCCUAGCGUUUCCUGAGGACUCCAAGCACUCUGGCAGACACCACAAUCACCGAACCGGAGAAGCAUAUGAGUGCUUUUAAGCAUAUGAAUGUUGUAUACAGCCGAAUAGGAAAAACCAUGCGAAUAGGUUUACACCCCUAGCAGUCAAACUGGAACAGCAUACAAUAAAUCCUCCCCCAAUAAUGAGACGACACUUCACUUUGAGGGUUAAGCAGGAACUGUAGGUUUAUUCACACCAUCUUCUUUUAAUACAUUCUCCCAUGCAAGGGAGGGAUUUACAAUAAUCAGUACAACAGCCAAUCCCAUAUCUGUUACCUCCCACACAUCUCCUCCCCUUAGAUUAACACUUAACACAAUUAUACCGUACACACUUUUCCCCAAUUCUUGGAUGUACCCCAAAUAUGGGGGGUACACCUGUAAAUGUUACAUCCCCUGGUAGCCCCGAUCUGGGUGAGACACAUAUCCAAAAAUCACCCAAAUCGGACCAGGGGUUCGGAAAUUAUGGAGGGUUAAAGUUUUGACCGACUGCAUGGCAAAAGUAUCCGAAAAUAGUUCCAUGCAUUUUGGCCCUGCAGUCGGUCACAGAAAAGGGAAUGAAAACACACGAAUUGCCUGGGUUAUAGAGCUUGGGGAGGAUUCGUAUGAAUCCCCUUGUUCGUGGGAUAAUUUCUACCGAACGGCGGGCCGUUCGGUAGUUUCUGCACGAAUUGCUGGAAGUCUGGAGGUCUCAGCGGUGUUUGCCUAGUCGAGUGUCCGAUUUUAGUUCCAGACACUCGACGGCAAAACACCGCUGUUUGGGAGUUUAAGAUGGCUGCCGCCCCGUGUUCGUUUCCCGAAUGGCAGCCACCCAGAGAACAAAGAACACAUUACACAGAUUGCCAAUUACCCGUUUGCAACAAUGUUGCAAAUGGGUAAUUGGAGGCACACUUAUUCCCGGGUGGUCUGGCUGUUUGGUAGUUUUAGUCAAUAUAAUGAAUGGAGUGAUUCUACCGAACAAUCUUACGAAUGCUGUAUACACAUAUACAAUUUAGCCGGGCACAGAGGAACAUACAUAAUAUAAAAGACAUCCUUACUGUAAUCUGCUAUGAAGUCUUAAAAGGGUAUUGUUCCCAAAAAGUCAUAACAUGUCCCUGGCCGGUUCUUAAAGGGCCAGUAAGGUCAUACACAAUCUCUUAGGUCCAGUAAAGGGGUUUAAAGGGUCCCAUCUUCCCAGGACCAUAAUCACUGGGCAGGAGGCGAGCAAGCAGUCCCCUCCAGGAAACCGGGGCAGACUCUGGUACAGGGUCCAGUCCACUACAUUUCUCCCCUUUACCAAAGAGACUAUCCAGACUCCAGACCUCCAAUCGGUCUGGGGCUCUGAUAGUCGGUCGGCCUUUCUCACCCGGUGUAGCUGUCCCUCCUGCCCCAUGUGUUCUCCUGCCCCAUGUGCCCAGUUGGAAAUCCAUGGGCUGGUGGAAAAGUAACCAGGGAGCUCUCCCUCCUGGUUGGACAAAGCUGUUGCUGGGGAGAAGGGGUAACAGGCUCCCCUCCCUGCGACGUCCUCUCUUGUAGUAGGGGAAAACAAACUGCCUCCUCUUCCACUACAUUGUUCUGUUGUUAGUGAACAGGACAGACUGCCCAUAACUCCAGUGAUGUAGGUGCAGAGACUACGGUCCCAUCUGUUCUGUUGUGGGGCUUACUGUCUCCCCUUGGUGGGCUAGGCUGCUGCUGGGGAGAGGGGGUAACAAGCUCCUCUCCCAUACAUCCUUUCAGCCGCUGGGGAGAGGGGAUAACAAGCUCCUCUCCCUGACACUCUCUCUGCUGUUGGAGAGGGAGACCGACUGUCUCCCCUUUCAAUAAUUUGUCCUGUCGCUGGGGAGAGGUGAUAACCGGUUCCUCUCCCUGGAACACUCUCUGCUGUUGGAGAGGGAGACCGACUGUCUCCCCUUUCAAUAAUUUGUCCUGCUGCUGGGGAGCAAGACCGACUGUCUCCGUUUCCUGCAGGACACACUGCCGCUGGGGAGGAAGGACUGCACCUUCCGCUCCCUGGGGAACAUACUGCCGCUGGGAAGGAAGGACAGCACCUUCAGCUCCCUGGGACUCACUGGACUGUUGGGGAGAGGGACCAACUGUCUCCUCUCCUAAGGACACACACUGCCGCUGGGGAGUGAAACCAGUGGUCUCUCCUCCCUGUAAUGUACUCUGCCGCUGGGGAUCUGGGCCGACUGCCCAGCAUCCCUGUAGGGCCCGUAGAGAGAUCUCGGUCCCAUCUCCACCUGCCAUCUGUGGGUCUCUCCAGGACCAGUCCAUGAGGUCCCCUACUUCUGCAGCUGGUAGUGAAGCAGGGGGUACCUCGGCUGCGUUUUCCCAACUGUAGGUUGGCAGGUCUGGGUCCGCCACCCAGUUUUCCUGUUCUGCGUCCAUGCUCUGCGGCUGACAUGAGUUUAGUAGUUCCACAUAGUCCAUCUCUAGCUCUCGUUCCAUGGCAGCGAAACGGCGGAGGUCUUGUCCCAGUCCAAUAGAUCUCGGGCCCUGUACCAUCUCACCGCGGUAAUGAAAGAUAGCCCAGUACCGUGACUCUGCUGGACUGCCAAAGGCGACGUCUUCUGCUAAGGCCUUCCACAACAGGCCAGGGCUAGUGUAGUUCUCCCCCUCCGGCUGGAUGCCCUCUGCUCUCCACGACUCUGGCUGGACAGUGCACCACCACAGUGCCCGGUAUGAGGCGUCAAGGCUCAGUUCCCUUUCCACGAGGUACUCAAGUUGUCUGACCUGCUGCCCUCCGGGUUGGUCUCCCAGAAGUGGCCUCCGCCAGGCCAUUUGUUCCUACAACUGGUAUGCGACACCAGGAAGGAGCUGCUGCCGUUGAUACUGGACUUCCUCCAGGGCAUCGUACCAUAAUUCUUUCCGGGCAAUAUCUCUCCAUUCUAAUUCACUCUCUUCCUCAGGUGUGUGUGUUGCCCAAGGAUCCACAAACCCCAUUUUCCCAAAUCUUUAUGUAGACAGGGACGCUGUAUAAACACUAGUGUCGCCUUCAAUUUGUAAAUCCACGAACGGUGUCUCUGAGCUGCUUUACCUCGCACUAGGACGCCAUCCCACCGCUUGCCACCAAUGUAACGGAUCACCUGGCACCCCGACUGGGUACCUUCGUUGAAGGAUGCUCCUAGUGUUUCCUGAGGACUCCAAGCAUUCUGGCAGACACCACAAUCACCGAACCGGAGAAGCAUAUGAGUGCUUUUAAGCAUAUGAAUGUUGUAUACAGCCGAAUAGGAAAAACCAUGCGAAUAGGCUUACACUCCUAGCAGUCAAACUGGAACAGCAUACAAUAAAUCCUCCCCCAAUAAUGAGACAACACUUCACUUUGAGGGUUAAGCAGGAACUGUAGGUUUAUUCACACCAUCUCCUUUUAAGACAUUCUCCCAUGCAAGGGAGGAAUUUACAAUAAUCAGUACAACAGCCAAUCCCAUACCUGUUACCUCCCACACAUCUCCUCCCCUUAGAUUAACACUUAACACAAUUAUACCGUACACACUUUUCCCCAAUUCUUGGAUGUACCCCAAAUACACCUUUAAAUGUUACAUCCCCUGGUAGCCCCGAUCUGGGUGAGACACAUAUCCAAAAAUCACCCAGAUCGGACCAGGGAUUCGGGAAUUAUGGAGAGUUAAAGUUUUGACCGACUGAAAAUAGUUCCAUGCAUUUUGGCCCUGCAGUCGAUCACAGAAAAGGGAAUGAAAACACACGAAUUGCCUGGGUUAUAGAGCUUGGGGAGGAUUCGUAUGAAUCCCCUUGUUCGUGGGAUCAUUUCUAGUUCGGUAGUUUCUGCACGAAUUGCUGGAAGUCUGGAGGUUUCAGCGGUGUUUGCCUAGUCGAGUGUCCAAUUUUAGUUCCAGACACUCGACGGCAAAACACCGCUGUUCGGGAUUUUAAGAUGGCUGCCGCCCUGUGUUCGUUUCCCGAAUGGCAGCCACCCAGAGGACAAAGAACACAUUACACAGAUUGCCAAUUACCCGUUUGCAACAAUGUUGCAAACGAGAAAUUGGAGGCACACUUAUUCCCGGGUGGUCUGGCUGUUCGGUAGUUUCACUCAAUAUAAUGAAUGGAGUGAUUCUACCGAACAAUCAGACGAAUGCUGCAUACACAUAUACAAUUUAGCCGGGCACAGAGGAACAUACAUAAUAUAAAAGACAUCCUUACUGUAAUCUGCUACCAAGUCUUAAAGGGGUAUUGUUCCCAAAAAGUCAUAACAUGUCCUUGGCCGGUUCUUAAAGGGCCAGUAAGGUCAUACACAAUCCCUUAGGUCCAGUCAAGGGGUUUAAAGGGUCCCAUUUUCCCAGGACCAUAAUCACUGGGCAGGAGGCGAGCAAGCAGUCCCCUCCAGGAAACCGGGGCAGACUUUGGUACAGGGUCCAGUCCGCUACAAUCACUAUCCAUACUUGAUUGCUACAAUUAUCUAUAACUGCAUUACUGCCGUCAAUCAAAGUCCUCUUAUUUACUCAAUGUCUAUUUAACCUGAUUUCAUUAUACUUUCAUAUUCUGUUUAUCUCUGUUUUAUUAUAUGUUUGUGUCUUAGCUAUAAUUUCUCGUAUAGGUCUUUCCUCUCUUAUUAUACCUGUUACCCGAUGAGCUACUUGGGGCAUAUUUCCUAACUCUUUAUUUCUCCGGGGCCUAUUGCCUUACUCGUUAUUUCUAUAACCACUCCUCCUAACCUAUUAUUUCACCCAUAGAGUUUCCUCUUACCAUUAUACUUGCCUGUAAUCCCGUUUAUAGGUUCUGCUUUCUCCCUCUGACUUUAUUGUCCCUUUUCCAUUUAUAUUCCGUUACUCUUAUUGUUUCCUUGUCUAAACAUGCCUAAAGUUCAAAAUAAAGAACCUCAAGUCAACCCCAGCAUAAGUCUCCUCUCUGACCUGCUCAGAAACAUGACAAUAUGUCUGUAUAUUUUUAUUUAAUCAUGUAUUUUUAAAGACAAAACUUUAUUGCUUCCAAGACAAUACCUAUUGUAUUCUCAGUUAUUUAUAUAUUUUAAAUAGAGGAUCUCUAUUUAACCCCUUAAGGACGGAGCCAAAUGUACACGUUGUGAACAAAACCUGGCAUUUGCGCUACAUGUCUGUCCAACCGUAAUUCACCUCUUUCAUAGUAAAUGCACCCACCCUUAUUAUAUAUCAUUUUAUUCAGGGGAAACAGGGCUUUCAUUUAAUAUCAAAUAUUUAGCUAUGGAACAUAAUUUAAUAUGAAAAAAAUGGGAGAAAAUAAGAUUUUUUUUGAUUUUUUUAGUUCUACAUGACAUUUUAACGGUCAAUGUCAUAAUACUGUUUGCUUUUACUGCAAUAAAAUACACAUAUUUGUAUUCAGCAAAGCCUCACGUGUAAAACAGUACCCCCUAUGUACAGGUUUUAUGGCGUUUUGGGAAGUUACAGGGUCAAAUAUAGCACGUUACAUUUGAAAUUGAAAUUCGCCAGAUUGGUUAUGUUGCCUUUGGGACUGUAUAGUAGCCCAGGAAUUAAAUUUACACCCAUAAUGGCAUACCAUUUGCAAUAGUAGACAACCCAAGGUAUUGCAAAUGGGGUAUGUCCAGUCUUUUUUAGUAGCCAUUUGGUCACAAACACUGGCCAAAGUUAGCGUUAGUAUUUGUUUGUGUGUGAAAAAUGCAAAAAACGCCAAUUUUGGCCAGUGUUUGUGACUAAGUGUCUACUAAAAAAGACUGGACAUACCCUGUUUGCAAUACCUUGGGUUGUCUACUAUUGCAAAUGGUAUGCCAUCAUAGGGGUAAUUUUCAUUCUUGGGCUACCAUAGGGUCUCAAAGGCAACCUAACCAAUCUGGGUGAAUUUUAAUGUGAAAAAAAUGAAACGCAAGCCUUAUAUUUGACGCUGUAACUUUUGAAAACACCAUAAAACCUGUACAUGAGGGGUACUGUUGUACUCGGGAGACUUCGCUGAACACAAAUAUUUGUGUUUCAAAACAGUAAAAAGUAUCGCAGCAAUAAUAUCGUCCGUGUAAGUGCUGUUUGUGCGUGAAAAAUGCAAAAAACUCACUUUUACUGGCGAUAUCAUCGUUGUAAUACAUUUUAAUGUUUUGAAACACUAAUAUUUGUGUUCAGCGAAGUCUCCCGAGUAGAACAGUACCCCCCAUGUACAGGUUUUAUGGUGUCUUGGAAAGUUAUAGGGUUAAAUAUAGUGCUAGCAAAUUAAAUUCCCUUUACUUUCGGCAUGGGUUGUCAGGCAGGUCCCGCUAAUUGUGAUUAUUUAAGAUACCUAAUUAUGUAAAAAUAUUACAUAAAUAUAUGUAGAAUUAAUAUAUGUGUGUAUAUAUAUAAAAAAUACCAAUAGCUCCCGCACUCACGCUCCAAUUACCCUUGUUGCCCGGGUGCCAGCAAGUAAUAGCCGUCCAUACAAAAAUCCAACGAAUAGCUGCACUCACGGUAAAUAAAAAAUCCAAGUUUAUUGAAAAUAAAUUAAAACAUCUGCGACCAACGUUUCAGUCCUAUCAGGACCUUCCUCAGGAUCAAAAAGAUGAAAAACAGUAUAUACAUCAUACAAGGCUUUUAUACAUAAAACUAUUAAGUGUAUUAGCUUACCCCAGGUGAAACCGCCACUCAAUCGGCGUCCUGACCCGCUCUGUGCGCAUGUGCGAGUUGACUCCGCCCCCUGCCGUGACGUCAUGACGUCAUCGCGUCAUCGCGGCUAGAUUGUUGCCUUGGCGACGUUGUCAAACAUAGCAUCACCAUGGACAACCAAACGCCGGCAACCUGACCGGAACGAUAGUUGUCAUGAUGAUACCAGUAAACAAAGGAUCGCCGCAGUCAAUGUCUUCAAAAAAAGGGGGGUGGAGCCAAGUGCAAAAAAUACUAAACCAAAAAACAUGUGAAUAAAGCUUAUAAUAAAAUAAAUAUCAUGUAUACAAAUAUGAACGAGCUUUAUAUUAUAUCUGCUCAGUUCAUUAUAAAGUGCCAACAUUAUCAGUGUAAAUAAAGUGCAUAGAAACAUCCAUAUAUUCAUCUUAUUAGGGAAUCAGUGCAUAUAAUUGAGUGUAAUGCUCAUAAGGGCAAAGUGUGAAAUAAAUCUCACUUGCAUAACGAUCCAUGUUUGGAUAUUUUAAAGUGACAUGCAAAACAAUCCAUAUUUGGAUAUUUUAAAGUGACAGUGCAUAAAUAUAUAAAGUGCAAACUAUCAAUAGUAAAAAAGUGCAGUAAGUGCUGGUGAAAAAAUAUUGCAUGGUGUAUUGUGUAAAAAUAAAUCUAUUCUCUUUUAAACCCCAUAUAUAAAAGAAAAAAUAUAUACCUGAUAACAUUGAUACUAAUAUAAUAACAUAAUAACAAUACAUGUACACUUAUAUAAAAAUCCAAAUACUGAAGACAUGCGAUCAAGAUUACCUAAAACAUUAUAUAUUGAGGGUUGUUACUACAACUCCUCCUGUUAAUCAUAUAUAAUGAUUAAACAUUUUUCUAUAUAUUGGGCUAUGCUCAUUUAGCCUUACUGAUUAAAGUGCCCAAAAAAUGUUUUGUUCUUAAUAGCAUAUCUCAGCAUUUAUAUCUAAAAUCAAACUACCAAUAGCUGGGGUUAUAACUCGGUUAUAACUAUGCAUAUAAAUAUAUUACAUAACUUAAGUCAUUAUAACAAACAUCACUUGUCGUUAAACCUAUUACAAGAAUGAAUGGAACGAGAUAUAUUCAUUCAAACCCUUUGGGUAAACUGUGUCCAAUUCAUAAAUCCAAAAUGUCUCUCUGACCAUAUUCCAGCAUCGAGACGGGCCGGAGACAGGGGUAAAUUGCUAUUAAACAGAGAGACAUUUUGGACUCCCUGGGAGUACCCCCAACCGGGUAAGUAAACAAAAACCGGAGGGCGUACUAUUACGCCCGGCGGCGUUUAGAGCCACCUAAAAUAGGACGUAAUAGGAUGCCCUCCGGUCUGAAGGGGUUAAACUAUAUAAUAUUAUUGUCUUGGAAGCAAUAAAGUUUUGUCUUUUAAAAUAUCUUAUAAAAAUAUAAAUAUAGACCUACAGAAACUUAAUAAUCCAUUACAAUAAUUUAUAGCAGAGUGUAUAAGAAUAAAAGAUAUGCUUGCAGUAUCAGUAAAAUAGAAUAACAUACACUCUUGAACAAGUUAAAAUUACACUCUUGAUAAAAUAGAGCAUCGUCUCUGCAUCCAAAAUUUUCUCCUAUGUCCUACUAUUAAUAAGUACACAUAUUUAUACCUCAGAUUUUCAAAUAGGUCAUGUUAGAACCUAAUUGAAUGUCAUAGCAUUUAUUUGGUCAUUUCACAUGGGAACAUCACUCUAUUGUCAUGACCUAGACAUCUAGAGAAGGAGAUGAGCAGCAUGGAGGGAGAGAGAAGUACAGAGACAUACAUGCCUGAGGACUUAAAAUAUAAGUUGUCAAACAGUUUUUGAAUGGUUUAACUUAUUACCUGGUUACGAUUUAACACUUGGUGGUGAUGAUAUCUUAGGCAAAUGGGAUAUGUUAAUUGAUGCCCUUCUUGCAUUUUUUUAUUACAUCAAUUCUGUAAAUCGACACAUCCAAUUUACUAUCAACUAUCACCCCAACACUGUUGGCUUGCUUGAUUUCACAGUUUACCAUGAAAAUCACAAACUUGUUACUGACAUGUACACCAAACCCACAAACCAUUGUAGUCUUUUACAUUUGACCAGUUUUCACCCAGCCACUACCAUACGGUCUCUCCUCAGGUACAUAGAAAUGUCUCUGACCCAUCCAGACUCCAUCACCAUCUGAGUGAAAUGACUGAAAAAUGUAUGCAAAGGGGUUAUUCACCUUCCCUACUUGAGCAUAAAACCAGAAUCUCUCUCAACCGGUCUGAUAGUCUAUAUACCAGAUGACUUCAACACACUAGAAUUCCCUUCAUCUUUACCCGUAGUGUUCACAGCCGACAAAUGUUGUAUUUCCUGUAUGCAAUAUUGUAUUUUGAAAGACAGAUGGCUGUUAUCCGACUGAGAAAGCCCCACGGCGAAACGCAUCUCGGAUUUGAGGAAGACUACUCUGGAGACUUUUAUUUUGGUAUUAUACUGAUUAUAGCUUUUAUCUAUUACUUUGUUUUUUAAAAUAAAUUUGUUAUUUUUAUAUAUACAUACCUGUGAGUGGAUCUUCUACUGCUUCCUGUAUUUCAUCAUAUUAUCGGCUCUAUUUCAGGUGAGCACAUUCAUGUGAUUUUUUGUGAUCACUCUUCCUACCAUACGUAUUUGCACUAGGAAUUCUACCUUUUUUUCUCUUCCAUAUAUUUUGCUAGCUGCAUAUCGGGAGGAGGUCUGGUAUUGCCUAAAUAUACUCAAGCUGUUGUGAUUCAAGCCAAUCCUUAGGCUCUGUGCCAUGUGAGUUGGACUUACACUCUCCUCCAUUCCAUACACAUUUUACAAUCAUUCUGCACUAUGAUGUGUAUUUCUCUGUUCUAGAUUUUAUAUGCUGUUAAAGUGAUAUAUACAAUAUUUAUAUAGGGGUAAGAUAUUUCCCUAUCUCUAGCGCUCCACAGAGUGAUCUUUGUAUUGGUAGUACAUCUACGAAGUUCACACUCUUUUUUCACAUAUCUGUUUGUGUAGGAUUGGGAUACCUGCACGUGUGUUGAGCUGCUGUUUUUAAUUUGCAUUUUCACUAAGCGCCUAUUUACACUGAGCACUUUUUUCUCUAAUUUACUUCCCAGGCCGGAAGGCUGCUGUGGGUAAAUUGCCCACCGCUGGGUGGCUGCCGUUCGUACAAACGAACACGUGGCAGCGGCCAUCUUUAUUCAGACGAGCGCGGUCAGCGGUGUGUGCAGCCAAAUCUAUGGAACUGAAAUCGGCUACACAUUUGAACGAACACCGCUGACCCUACCUUCUCCUCCACUCAGUUUUCAGCCGCAGCGUCUAAGUCCCGUUCAGCGAUUUGAACAUACAGUGAGACUAAGCUAUUUGCACAAAUGGUGCCCCGUUCGUGCAUGCGAAUAGGACAUUUUUCUGAGUUAAAUUGACUGACCGCACAGCCCAAAUCUAUGGAACUGUUUUGGGCAGGAAAAUGUGUCACAAAGGACUUCCGGCCAACUUUUUAACUACUGGAGGGAUUUGUAUGAUUUUUGAGAGAGUUCAUAUUUGAAGUAUGCUGAGUAAUAAUAUGUGCUUUUUAUGGAGAUUGAAUGUAUAGUUGUAAAGUUACAGUACAUGUGUAAAAAGUAUAUUUUUCCUGUUUGUGAUAAUUGCAUUAACCCAUUGUGUACAGUAAUUAUAUCACAGGCAGAGGGGAGGAUUUUGUGGGAAUGAAUGGGAGUGUUUUACUGUAUAUUAUGUGUUUUAUUGGUUGUUUUACAAAACCCUGUGGGUGGUACUAGGAGUGUGAAAUCUGCAUAAAAGAAAGCCCUUUGGGGCUGAUUAAAAGAGAUCUUCUUGACCCUCAACACGUAGUCUUGUCUCGUAAUUGGAGGGGACAGCUAUAUUCACACUGGGGAUUGCUAUGCUCUGCAUACUCCCUUGAGCUUUAAUCACUUAGCUCUUCUAAGAGCUGUUCCUGAUACGCUCUCCUGGAUAAAAAAAAAUGGGUUAACCCUAGCUGGACCUAGCACCCAGACCACUUCAUUAAGCUGAAGUGGUCUGGGUGCCUAGAGUGGUCCUUUAAGAGAAUCACUUUGGCUAAACUUGAUUUCUCAACUGUUUUAUAUGGGUUUAAAGGGCUAUAUACAGUGCUGAUUCUGUUUAAAAAAAAUGUCUGGGGCCAUUAAAUGUGGCUCCAGAUGACAGAGAGGAGCCCCAGGAACCUAUCGAUACCUGGGUUUAAUGGUGUGAGCAAGGAUUUAACCCUAGAAAUAAAACAGAUGUACUGUGUCAAUAUAAGGCGCUUAGAAAUUAUUCACAUAAAGAGUUUUUAAGCCCCUCAACACUCAUGUAAGUAACUCUACAGUAACACAAUAACAUGCAAAACAGAUUGUGGAGUGUUAUUUGGGUGGAGAGAAACAGUAUUGGAUAUAAAAACAAACAAAUUAAAAAAUACCACAAGUAUUCAGUCCCAAGUAGGAUAUAUGCUGUCCAAAGCAGCCCGAGAUGCGUUUCGCCUUACGCAACAGGCUUUAUCAUCAAUUGAUUAGGGCCAUUAUCAGAGAACUCACACAGGAGAAAAACCAUUUUCAUUAUCGAUUGAUAAAGCCUGUUGCUUAAGGCGAAACGCGUCUCGGACUGCAUUGGAAUAUAUCCUACUUGGGACUGAGUACUUGUGGUAUUUUUUCAUUUGUUUGUUUUAAGCGCUCCACUGGGUUUUUGUUUAACGUGGUUGUUUCUCUCCACCCAAAUAACUCUCCACAAUCUGUUAAAGGACCACUCUAGGCACCCAGACCACUUCAGCUUAAUGAAGUGGUCUGGGUGCCAGGUCCAGCUAGGGUUAACCCAUUUUUUAAUAAACAUAGCAGUUUCAGAGAAACUGCUAUGUUUAUUAAUGGGUUAAGCCUUCCCCCUAUUCCUCUAGUGGCUGUCUCAUUGACAGCCACUAGAGGCGCUUGCGUGCUUCUCACUGUGAUUUUCACAGUGAGAGCACGCCAGCGUCCAUAGGAAAGCAUUAUGAAUGCUUUCCUAUGUGACCGGCUGAAUGCGCGCGCAGCUCUUGCCGCGCGUGCGCAUUCAGCCGACGGGACGGGACGGGGCGGAGAGGAGGAGGAUCGGGGGAGGAGAGCUCUCGGCCCAGCGCUGGAAAAAAGGUAAGUUUUUACCCCUUUCCCCCUUUCAGAGCCGGGCGGGAGGGGGCCCUGAGGGUGGGGGCACCCUCAGGGCACUAUAGUGCCAGGAAAACGAGUAUGUUUUCCUGGCACUAUAGUGGUCCUUUAAGGAUUUAACCCUGUUAACACCGCAUUGUACUGGUGGGGAUUUAAAUCACUGAUUGGAGUGCUCCCUUUGAGCUCUGCAAACAAAACAUAGGUCAAUCUGGGACCAAUAAUUCUGGCCCCAGAUGAUAAAGGGGACCCCCAAGUUUCAAAAGAUACGUGGAGUUCUUGGUGCCAACAGACAUUUAACCCCUGCUGGUACUUUUAAUGCAUGGCGGUCUAUACUGUCACUGUGUAUUAAAAUCAUUCACUGCAUGACUGUGUAGACAGUCAUUGGUCAUUAAGUAGGUCUUCUACAAUAACCAUAAUGCUACAUAGUCACUUUUCUAAUCUUUCAUGAAAAUAUUUUGGUUAAAAGAAAAAAAGAAUCAUUUAGAGUGGCAGAUUUUCUUUAACUUCAAAUACAUUUCUUGCAGGUGGUUCUGACAGCAGAGGAUAUCCAGAAGGACAUGAAAAGGACAAAAGUGCACUAAGUAAUCCUCUGAAUAAGUCAAAGAAUUGCUCAGACACAUGUAUGUCUACAGCUGAGAUAGUAAACAGAAACUCAAAACAUUUCCACUUCCAGACUUGCACAGGAGAAAAACCUUCCUCAUGUUUUCCACGUAACUCAUCUCUUGCAAAACAAAGUACUCAAACCAGAGAGAAAGCGUUCUCAUGUCCUGAAUAUGGGAAAUGUUAUAGCCAGAACUCGAGUCUUAUUAAAUAUAGAAGGAAUCGCACAGGGGAGAGACCUUUCUUAUGUUCUAUGUGUGGGAAAUGUUUUGUCAAUAAAUCAGUUCUUGUGAGACAUCAGAGAACUCAAACAGGUGACAAACCUUUCUCAUGUUCUGUAUGCGGUCAAUGUUUUAGUGUGCAUUGCCAUCUUAUUAGCCAUAAGAGAACUCACUCAGGAGAGAAGCCUUACUUUUGUUUGGACUGUGGAAAAUGCUUUAGACAUCGUUCAAUCCUUAUUAUACAUAAAAGAUCUCACACAGGAGAGAAAGUGUUCUCAUGUUCUGAAUGUAGUAAAUGUUUUAACCGUAAAACCGCGCUUGUUAAUCAUAAGAAAACUCACACAAGAAAAAAGCCUUUCUCAUGUUCUGAAUGCGAGAAAUGUUUUGGCAGUAAAUCAGAUUUUGAGAGACAUCAGAGAACUCACACAGGAGAAAAACCAUUUUCAUGUUCUGAAUGUGGGAAAUGUUUUGCCAGGAAACCAGUUCUUCUGAAACAUCAGAUAACUCACACAGGAGAAAAGCCUUUCUCAUGCUCUGAAUGUUUGAAAUGUUUUGUCAUUAAAUCAGAUCUUGAGAGACAUCAGAGAACUCACACAGGAGAAAAGCCUUUCUCAUGUUCAGAAUGUAGAAAAUGUUUUGACAGUAAAUCCUUGCUUGUGAAUCAUCAGAGAACUCACACAGGAGAAAAGCCUUUCUCAUGUUCUAAAUGUUCAAAAUGCUAUGCCAGUAAAUCAGAUCUUGAGAGACAUCAGAGAACUCACACAGGAGAAAAACCCUUUUCAUGUUCUGAAUGUGGGAAAUGUUUUGUCAGUAAAUCAGAUCUUGCAAGACAUCAGAAAACUCACACAGGAGAAAAAUCAUUCUCAUGUUCUGAAUGUGGGAAAUGUUUUCUCUGGAAAGCAGUUCUUGAUAAUCAUCAAAGAACUCACACAGGAGAGAAAGCUUUCUCAUGUUCUGAAUGUGGGAAAGGUUUUUUCAGUAAAUCAAGCCUUUUGAAUCAUCAGAGAACUCACACAGGAGAAAAGCCUUUCUCAUGUUCUGAAUGUGGGAAAAGUUUUGUCAGUAAGUCAGAUCUUGUGAGACAUCAAAAAACUCACACAGGAGAAAAGCCUUUCUCAUGUUCUGAAUGUUCGAAAUGUUUUGUCUGUAAAUCAGAUCUUGUGAUUCAUCAGAGAACUCACACAGGUGAAAAACCAUUCUCAUGUUCUGAAUGUGGGAAAUGCUUUAGCCAGCACUCAAAUCUUAGUUACCAUAAGAGAACUCACACAGGAGAAAAGCCAUUUUCAUGUUCUGAAUGUUCAAAAUGCUUUAGCCGGCACUCAAAUCUUAUCAUCCACAAGAGAACUCACACAAGAGAGAAGCCUUUCUCAUGUUCUGAAUGUAGAAACUAUUUUGACAGCAAAUCUGCGCUUGUGAAUCAUCAGAGAACUCACAAAGGUGAAACGCCUUUCUCAUGUUCUGAAUGUAGAAAAUAUUUUGACAGUAAAUCUGCGCUUGUGAAUCAUCAGAGAACCCACACAAGAGAAAAGCCUUUCUCAUGUUCUGAAUGUGGGAAAUGUUUUGUCAGCAAAUCAUAUCUUGUGAAUCAUCAGAGAACUCACACAGGAGAAAACAACAUUCUUGUGUUCUAA